AUGACUCAACCGUUUGAAGAAACGCCUCCAAGAACUUAUUUUGAGGAUGUAUUACCGCGAACAGGUUGGGGCCUGUACUACAAAUUUAUGCUAGCUAUGGCAUGUGUGGCGUGCUUUUCACAGGCUACAGCUUUCUUUGCCUUGCCUUUUUCUAUUGCACUGUCCACUUGUGAAUACUCCAUAUCAAGGAACAUGAUUCUGAACUUAGAUACGAGUUUCGUUUUGGGACGUGCUUUUGGCGGAUUCUUACUAAGCUCUCUGUGUGACAUCUAUGGAAGGAAAAGAUUAAUGACACACACCAUGUUGCUGAUCUUCAUCAGCUGCUUCAUAGCGGCUUUUGCACUGGAAACAAAUUAUUGUGUUGUAAGGGUGCAUCUAACUGAAAUACUGCCCUUAAAUCGAAGAGGAUUUUACCUGGCAAUUUGCGAUUUAUUUUGGAGUUUUGGAUAUUUAUUUGUGUCACUUCUUGGCAUAUUCUUAAAAGACCCUCUUAUGACCGAAACCAGCGCAGUUGAUAUGAAACUGGCUUACUGGAAGAUGAUGUUUGCUAUAGCCGGAGGUUUAAACUUAACAGUGGCGUGCGCUACGGCUCUAUUAGAAGAAAGUCCCAGGUAUUUCUUGCACAUAAAGAAGUACUACCUGGCGUUGCUGACGCUGAAGCAAUUUUACGCUAUUAAUAAGUCGAGUUUCGGGGAGUACCUGGAGGUUAAGGAAGCAGAUGUGGCCCACAUAACAGACAGAAAAUAUCCUUCAAUUUACCCAGAACCACACGGAUGUGAUGAUUCACAAAUGGCGACCAAAUAUGAAACCUCGUAUUCUUGGAGGGAAUUUUAA